UCGACACGCUCGAGGGCGCCGAGGGGGAGGGGAUUGAAUGGCUCCCGAGCUGAGCCCGCUGCCUGGCCGCCGUUGCCGCCUGUGGGGAGUAGACUGGGAGCCCCGCGCCCGCUUGCUGUAGUCGAGCCAGAUGGAAUGUGGCGCGCGCGCGAGGUAUGCCGCGGGGGCGGGGGCGAGGAUUAGAACGCGAGAGGGGAAGCGCGCGCCCACCCAAAAGCCCUUAUUUUGAGAAGAAGCGCCCGUUGGCGAUGCGGUUGAGGGAAACCGUAGGGAAGAGAGGAAAGGCGGCGGGGUGGGGGUGGGGGGCGGGAGAAGUGGUUUUAAUUCGAAGCGUGUUGCUCCAUGGCUUGGGAGCGGAGGCGGCCCGCCGUCUUCCCCCGCCCACCUUCCUUAUCCAUCUCAUAAUCCCGAAGAGUUUUGCGACUGGGGAGAUUUAAAGCGAAAUGGUCACUCGAUGCUUCCCGCCCGGAGAGUGAGCGAGAGAGCGCCUUCAUAAUCCCCCGAGGCCCCCUUCACACACACACACGCCCCGCCUCGCGUGGGCUUAGCGCCACUCGGAGCCCCUUCAUGCGGUGUGAGGGGGACGAGGCUGGCCGACCCGGGUCAGACUGACAUGAGCGGUAUCUCUCUUUCUUGCGGCCAGCGAGUUGUGUCGCCUUGUCUUUCGGGACGGCUGCCCGCUUGAUCUAUACGGCGUAACUCUCAGAAAGAGUUGAGACUCUCCUCCCGCUCCCCUCCUUCCCAGACAAAGUGCGGGGAGGGGAGAGAGGGAGAGGCUGCGCCCCACCCCCCUCCCCUCACCCCAUAUACACAUACAUUAAGUCGCCCCCGGGGAAUUCGUGACCCGCUUUGCUGGCUGCUUUCUCCAUUCUGGAACAGGCGGUUGUUUAAAGGGAGAGAUUUGCAUCAUUCUUCAGGCUGUCUUCCUCCCACUCCAGAUCGAAGUUCCUUUAUUUUGCUUUAAGCCGGGCAAAGGGCUCGACCGCUUAAGUGUGCAAAUCUCUAGCCCUGAAAGCAGGUAAACCCACAAUCAUUAAGAUAUUUAGUGUUGCUUUCUGUGGGUUUGUCUUUUCUUCUUCUAAUACAACCAGCCUCUAAAGAAAUUUACUUAGGGUUUUGGUUUGUGUGAGAUUAGGAUCCUAGAUAACGUUUUUAAUUUUGUAAGAAAUAGUUUGUCUGUGUGUGUUUAUUGACUCGGUGUGUGUGUGUGUGUGUGAGAGAGAGAGAGAGAGAGAGAGAGAGAGAGAGAGAUCCCCUAAGCUUUGAAAUCUAGGUCCCCCUUUAGCUCCCUAAGAAGACUACACAUAAUUAUGUUUUUAAAACUACUCUGUUCUUCCUUUUGUUGAGUGAGUGAGGGGUUGGUUUUUUUACUUGCCUAUUCUGCCUUUGUGCUGGGAAAAUGGAGCAAGUGAAGGUUAGCUAGUGGUGAAGCAAAAAGUGAAGAAAAGUGUUCUCUAAAACUGUCAAAGUAUGCAGAAUGUUAAGAUAACUUGCUAUAUCAGGAUAAAAUCCUGAUUCACUAGAGAACAAAUUUGUUUAUGAUAUCCAGUUAUCUGAGUGUGUGACUGGACAACCGUAGUUCACUUUUUUUGGAGGUACUGUUAAAAACAGACCUAUUUAACAGGCACAAAGCAUUCUGGGUCAAUUCAGACAUGAUGCCAAACUAUGGUUAGGUAAACUUAAUUGGUUAAGCAUGUCUGAAUACAAUCAUGGUUUGUCAGCUGUUUGCCAGCCACCUUCAGAAACCAUGGUUUGGAGUAGUUCAUCAUCCAAGAUCUGUGCUAAUGGAUGUUUGAUGCAAUGUCUGAAUUCACAAACCAUUAUGACGAUUGCUCUAUUUCCUAAGGCUGCUGAACCAUAGAGAUGGUAGUGAGUUUAUGAAGCUAUGAUGGUGAGUGCUGGGUAGAUGGACAGUGAAAGUAAGACAGUAGCUUUCAGCCAUGGUUUGCUUUCUAAACUGGGUAGUGCAAAACAUGUUUGGUCAUCAUGUCUGAACUGAGCCAGUGGAUUAUUUUUUUGGCAGUGUUGAAUCACUGGGACUUUAACACUCAACAUCUGUAUUGCCUUCUCUACAAUCAUUUAAAACACCCAAAGCCAAGGGAAUAGUUACUAUGGGGUAUGUGCAAAUCUACCAAAAGUAGAUGCACCCUUCUAUGAUUAAAAAAUGGCAAACAACUUUUAACACCUUUAAUAGUUAACAUAUUAAUACCUUGUAUGCUCUCUCCUGUGCUCAUCUGUUGCAGUUAGACUCCCGAUGGGAUGUGUACAUUUGAUGCUGAAGUACUCAGAAACAUAAGAAAAAUAAAUGCUAAGUGUAUGUGCUUGCCCAUUAGUAUAAAAAACAGUAUGUUGUAGCUGUUGGUGACAUCAAUAGCAGACAGCACAGAUUGAUGGUAGAGCUAAUGCAUGAGCACUGUAGAUGGAUGAGUGCAUCUCCCAAGGCACUGUAACAGAUAUGCCAACAUGAUCUGUGGCUGCUUUGACAUAGUGAGACAUUUCCUUUCAGCAGAUUUUACUGUCCUCCUCAUGUGCGCUCAAAGAAAAGUAGUUUGAAGUUGGUUAGUCAGCAUUUUAGGAAGCUUGAGGAAAACCAUACACAAAGCUAUGGAGUAAGGAAGGUAUUGAUACUUCUGAUUUUUUCCCCAAGUCAGGAAAAUGUCAUAGAGAUGCUGCCUUCCAUUUGAUUAAUAGAUCUGUGUGAAUAGAUGCCUUGGCUAUUAGGUGGAGUCCUUGUUUUGGGGAACAUUGUGACCUACUCUCAGAUAGAACCUAGAGCAUUAAUUCUAAAUACAGUAGUAAAAUUGGGGAGCAAAUAGUAAAAGUUAUUUUUUACUUGCUAUGAUUAGGAAUAAUCCUUUGUUAAUCAUUAUGCAUUAUUGGCUGUCUCCUGCCUCAGAAAAAAUACUUUGGCAAUUCCACCUUCCACUGAAUGCAAUGUGUUUUGACUAUACACAAUUUUGGCUUUACGCUGUAUCCUGGAACAUAACCACUGCCUAAGUUGGGAGUCGCCUGUACUACAUUUAUUUUUCAAAUUAUUUGAACAAAGUUAGGGAAUCAUAAAGGCUGUUAUCAGUGUUAUAUGUUCUUGGUUUGUUUAACAAACCCUGAUUCAAGAGAUCUUAAUUCUUUGGCUGUGGUAGUAAGAAGGUAAAAUAUGCAGAAUAUCAUAGAAACUAGUUUCCAUACAGUGAUGUCAGCUUUGUUAGACUGUUGCCUUAUGCUAAGUAAACCAGCUUAUGUCUAAGGCUGCAGUUCUAAACCCAGUUACCAGGGAGUAAUUCCCAUCAAACUGAAUGGGUUUUACUGCUGGGUAGAUAUAUAUAGGCAUGCAGUAUAAUAAAUGUGCACCACUUGUCUUAAGGUCAGUGACAUAAGCAAUCUGGGAAGUUUUGAAUUGGAAUACAGUCAUACCUUGGGUUACAGACGCUUCAGGUUGCGUUUUUUUGGGUUACAGACCGCCAAAACCCAGAAGUACUGGAACGGGUUACUUCCAGGUUUCGGCGGUCGCACAUGUGCAGAAGCACUAAAUCGCGCUUUGCACAUGCGCAGAAGCGCUGAAUCGCAACCUGCGUGUGCACAGACACGAUCACGUUUGCAACCCAAGUGUCCACUGUAUGUAGUCAACAAAACUAAAAAAGUAUGUUUUGUUAAUCUUGUGUUUAUCUGAAAAGUUUUUGUUACUGCGAAAAACAACAAUUGAAAUAUCUCAUUAGGGGGAAAGUUAGGGGAAAGAGUGUGGAUGAAAUGUAAUAUUCAAAGUGUUAUUAGAAUACUAGUAAAUAUAUUUAUAUGCCAACUGAAUAGAAUGUACUUUUUACAUUGGGGUCACUGAUGUUGUGCCCUCAAGGUGUUCUGAGCUACAACUCCCUUCAGCCCCAGCCAGCUAUACCAAUUGUCAGGGAUGCUGGGAGUUGUAGUCCAAAACAUUUGGAAGGCUCUAUGUUGGCUCCUUCUGCUUUACAUUAAUAUAUAUAUAUGUGUGUGUGUGUGUGUGUGUGUGUGUAUAUAUAUAUAUAUAUAUAUAUAUAAACAGUGCGAUCCUACAUCACUCCUCCAAGCUCAGUGGAAUUUGGUCCCUAGUAAGUGUGCUUAAUUCUUCAGCCUCAGAAAGUGGUCAACACUGUUAGCAUACUAAUUUUAGCAUGCCUAAAGAGCUUUAUGUAUAAAUAUAUGUGCUUCCUAGGAAUAGUCACCUGAACAAAAAGAGUUUGGCUUUAGAUCUGUCUGGCAUUUUAUCUAUUCCUGUUGUUCAGUUCAACUUGUAUUGUGUUCCUGCUUUAACUGCAUUAGUGAUAUAUUGUUAUGUGAAUGAGUCUCUGGCUUGUGCCCCCCCCCUUCCUUGGAUGCAGCUGUGCGAAGGAGAUCAGAAGCUUUUCCUUCUGUUCUCAGUUAACAGCAUUUUAGUAUUAGUUAUAAAUGUGGACAAACUGUGAUUAAUUUUAACUAUGGAAGCAAGUUCAGGAACUAUGAUUUGAACUUGGUUUGUUUUAGUAAGCCACAGUAGUAACAUCAAUUUGUUCCAGUUCAGAUAAUCAUCUCUCCCCCAUGCCUGAUGUUGUUUUUUUAAAAACCCAUUAAUGUGUAGUUAAGCUGUUAGAAGAAUCACAAAGCUUUUCCUAUGGCCACCUAAUACGACAUCUUUGAAAGAAUGCGAGCAGUCAUCAGUGGCAAGGGUAAUUGUUUUAACUUUUGUCUGCUUAGAUACCCAAACCUUCUUGAGAACAGAUUUGGAUGGCAGGUUCAGCAGCACUGAUAGCGUGAACACAAAGUGGAAUAUGAAAUAGCAAAAGGAAUAAGUUUCAGGGCAUGGUCAAAAUACAUGCAAAGCAAUAACAGUACUAAAGCAAAACAGUUUUGGUCCUUAUCGGUGCUUUGUUAAGUACACAUUCCAGCCAGGCAAAAAUACUUAAGGAGUGUAUGAAGCAGGGGUGGGGCCUUGGAAGAGGAUGUAGCUGAGGAGAGGGUGGGGCCUGAGGAGAAUCCAGUGGGCCAGAUAAUGAGGACUAUAUCACCUAAGGUUGCUUUUUUUUAGGAAGACCCCAAAAUUGUUGAGCUUUUUUGAGCUGUUUCAUUUGCUUUUCCCAUCACAUUUUCAUACAUUUUUACAUCCGAAAACCAGGACAUGUCAGGAAUUUUCCUGACGUAUGGUGAGCCUAGUAUCACCACGUUUGACCCCCAGGCCUGAGGUUCCCACCACUUCUGUACAUGCUUGCCUGGGAUUAAGUCCCACUGAAUUUAGCGAAAUUACUUCUGAAUAGAUUACACUGUUUCUCUUCAUUAUAGUCCACAAAAUAUUGUGCCAUAAAAAAAUUUUAAAGUCUUAUGGUGCUUUGUUGCAACAAAAGCAAGCAUACAUAGGUACUCCACUGAAAAUUGAUUUGCCUUACCUCUCUUGGCUUAUGUUUUUAGGAUUUUGGCAACAUUUUUGAGUUGCUUCGCAAGACGAUUUUCCCUAUGGGCUUGCUUUGCAAGACGGAAACGUCUUGCAAGUUUGUUUCCUUUUUCUUAAAACCGUUAAUACAGUUGCGACUUGACUUUGAGGAGCAACUCAUAGCAUGCGGUGUGGUAGCCUUUUUUUGAGGUUUUUGAGGACUUUGGUGAUUUUUGAAGCUUUUCCAAAGCUUUUCCUACACCGUGCUUCGCAAGAUGAAAAAAACCGCAAGACGAAAAAACUCGCGGAACGAAUUAAUUUCGUCUUGCGAGGCACCACUGUAUUGUCAAUGUACGACCUGUGUACAAUGAAAUUCAACAGAUUGAAUUCCCUUCUCUUGUAUACAAGGACAUCUCUUUCAACUUUCCAGAGGUGUUGGAAUACUUUUUGAAGCCUUUACAGAUUUCAUAUCUCAGUGGAUAUGAAUUAAAAUAAUGGAGCUAUUCAUAAUAAUUUGUUAUGUUAAAUUGAUUUGUCCCCAUUUAUUUUUGUGGAAAGAGAUCCACAGUUCUCAUUCAUUCUCUUCUCACCCUUUAAAAUAUAUCCAGUAUAACCUCAUAUUGUUUCUAUAUUCAUGAAGUAUGAUGGGAAUGUGAGGCAGAGUAUUCUUUGUGUCUUUUCUUUUUCUUUUUCAGUAUUGCGACCCUAAAGUUCUGUGUGCAUUGUUGGUAGUAGAUAAAUAAUCAUAAUAAUUAAACAUACAGCUUCUAUUCAUUUGUGGGACAGUCUCUAUUCAAAGUCCUUAUGGUUCUCGUGCUUGGUUCUUUUCCAUAAUUAACUGAAAGAACUUGGACAAAAUGCCCAUACUGUUGAAUAGCCUUUGUGCAUAUUUGGCUACAUGCUAGCUUCACAAUUUGUCUUAAGCAUGGCCUGCAUACAAAUAGAUCCUUUUGAAUACUGCUUUCUGUAUUUAUUGGGAAGUCCUGCUUUGUGGAAGUGUGAAGUGACACUACACUUUUGAAAUACACUACCAAUAACAGUAGAAAAUAUCACUGACUUUAGGAACCCACAGACUUAAAUGUACUCUAAUAUAAAAAUGUAGUGCUACAGUACGGUUACCAUAUUUUUUUCAAUGAAUCCAGGGACACUUUUCAACUUCAGUAGAUUUUGCAUGGGGACUGAUCUGUAAAUUCAGGGACUGUCCCUGGGAAACGUCUGGUAACCUUAUGCUACAGUGCUCAUAGUGUUGCUUCCCUUAAACUGGCAGUUUUUCUUUACAACUGAUGGAUAAAACCUGUAAAUAUCUACACAGUGGCCUGAUACCUCAUUAAUAAUGGCUUAUGAUAUGUGUGUGGUUGUUGUUUCUUAUCAAUCUGGAACUGACAAUCAUUUAGUUCUAUAUUGUUGAUUAACAUCAAAUAUUAAAUACUGUGCUAUAGCAACGAAAGUGAAAAAUGUGUAUGUAAAAGUACUUUACUACACUUUAGUCACUUUUGUAACUCUCUCCCCACUGAUUUGUGUCUUGAGCGUUGGUGGCAAUCAUGGUUAACAUUUCUCUGUAACCUUGAUAAUAUUGAUCAAUCUUGCAUCCUUAUAUUGCUCUUAACUGAGUUAACACUUAUGGACCUUCAUCCAUAAUGGAAAUCUUUGAAAAGAUUGAGUUGCAAAACAUUUGGCCCUGAAAAAUGCUUAUGCAUUAGCUUUGAAACGUGGUCUUAGGAGUUAGGCUAAUACGAAUACUAGCAGUGAAGACCAAACAAAUGAAUGAAUACUAUCCAAUAUUUAGUAAAUAAAAGAUUGUGACUUCUAUUAAUAAGCUAGCAAAUCAUUCUUUUUCUUUUUUAUAAAAGAACUCUUUAAAAAAGUUUUAAGUUGCAAAGUAGAUUUAAUAUUUGAUGCUUAAAAUAUUUAAAAAAUGAUAUAUCCAGUUUCUUUGCAGGCAGUUGAGUAAGGAGGACACAGAAUACAAAUAAUAUGUUCAAUAAUGUUCAGUUUCCUUGUUGAGUCAUGUGCAUAGUUUCUACUCUUCAGUUUUACAGUAGUUUAUGGUAGCAUGUAAAUAACAAAGAGAGGCACCUCUGUUAAAAAAGAGAGCUUUGUUUCCAAUUGUUUCUUAGUAGUGGGGGAGAGGGAAAUCUGAGCAUGUUUACUAUGUAGAUCUGCUACUUUCUUUCAGGAACCAAAAUGUACCUUCUCUCUCCUCUGAGAGUAGAUUGUAUUGAUUCUGUAUCAGGAUGUGUAGUUUCAAUGCAUUAGUGGCUGAGCUGUCUGUUGUCUGUUCUCUUUUUGAUUGUGGUUUUCUCCCCCACCCCAUUUAUUUUGCCCUUUCAAGCCACUUUCUCCCAUACAAAAAGCAGUUAUGCACCAACAGGACCUCCCUUUCAUUAUGGACUGUUUGAAAGAUCUUUAGUUUCUUAAGUUGCAUUUUUUUAAAAAAGAAUUGUUUCUUCUUUGUAUGAAUUUAUAUGAUCUUGAACUGAAAAGAAUUCAAAACAUUACUGUUACAUGUAUACAUUCCAUUUGACAUCAGCCAGCAAUAUACAUACUUCAUGCAACUGCAAAUUAUUGUUCUUGGAGCAAAGUUCGAUGUGCAUUUUCUUUUAAAAACAGUGGUUGUUGGGAGCAUCUAUAUUGUCUGCCAAAACCAUUGCAUUUUUGUCAUGUGGAAAAUUUUCUCUUCAAAACAUGUUGCAGCCAAGUGUUAAGUGUUUUGCAAGCACAACUUGAAUUUAGAAACAGAAUAUAGCCCUUGUCUAUCUUCUAGAGAGAAUAAAUCAAACCAUGAAGCAUUUUGUUGCUGUGUCAGGGGAUCCAGGAACAGUGACCUUUGUAUUUGGAGCUGUAGAUGCUGAGAAUUCCCAUUGUCAGCAUCUUUGACUGGAAAGCAAUAAAAGGCUUAUGAUAUCCACAUAGAAUAUAAAUACCAGAAGACUAAACUUCUGUCCAUACUUUGCCAAUGGACCAGUAACACACUGUUCUUUGGGGUUCUUUGCAGUUGCACGUAUGGAUUUGAGCCUUUGUUGACCAAAGGCUAGCCUUUCUGAAUAGUUCUAGAACUUAGCUGAUUUCCUCUCCUUGUUGGUGAACUUUGUUGCUAAUUUCGUGACUUAAGCCAGCACCUUCUUGCUCAGACCAUGUCAUAAGGAUUGCAGUUAAGAACUCCCUACUCUGACAUUUCUCUGCCACUGGCCGUGAUGGAUGCAGGGACUGAGAUGUGUUAUCUGUCUUCCUUCAAUAUAUAGAAGGAUGGAAUGUAUUGUGCCCUCUGUUCUUUAUAGUUGUAAGCAAAUGCUGCCAGACAGUUAUUGCCUGUUGUUAAUAAUCAGUUAUAAUAUUGAUUAUUUUAAGGCAUUUUUUGUUAAUAACAAAAACCUCCAGAGGACAUGCUAUGCUUAUGUAAUGACCUCUCCACACCAACUUUUUGUAGCCUCUCACCACAAUCACUACCAAGCUGUCCUUUCAGUCCAGUUUUUGUUGCCCUUUUCUUUGUCUCUGCACCUGCUACUAUAUUUAUUGUUUCAUGCCAGUUGAGAACCACAUUCCUUGAUGAUUAAGCAACUACAUUUUUGCUUUUGUUGCUUUCUUCUUAAUCUCUGGCAUUUUUAUUCACUUGGCCUCUAAGUUGAUGAUCUUUCUGAACAUUUCAUAUAUAUAUGAAGAACAGUUCUGGAUCAGACAGAACAUCCAUCUUGUGAAACAUCCUGUUUCCCACAUUGUCCAAACGGAUGCCUAUGGGAAGCUGGGAUGUUUAAGGUGUAAGUUAAGUAUCAACAAAAUCACUAUCAAAAUAGUUUUAUGCUAUUGAAAUGCCCAAUAAAAUAAGAAUAAAAAUAAAUAUAAACAUUUAAUGUGAUGAAACACACUGCGGACCACCUGAAUGAAACUUACAGGGUGGUCUGUGGUGAAAGUUGAGAACCCCUGAAAUAGGCUAUUGUCACUAGAGCAUUAGUGGAUAAUUUAGUUAAAAUUGUGCAUAUUUUCCUUAAUUAUUUCAUGCUUGUGAAACUAGGAUAGAUGAAUAAGUCAGUUUCAGAGUCUUUCAGUUUGUGUUUCAUUUUUCCAAUCUUAAGUUUGGUUAUCCACUUUUUCACAUCAGUUUUUGAAUUUUGGGAGGGAAAGUUUUCAUGAAAAUUCAUUAGCAUUUUAGGGCAAAGUAUGCCUAAUAUACUCAAUUUUUUAUGCAUUUUUGCAGAGUAAACACAUUUUUGUGGAGCAGUUUGCCAUGAUAUGCAUUUUUGUGUUCUUUUCACCAAUACAUGCAUUUCUAUGCAUGCUUUACCCUAGUAUAUGCAUUUUUGCAUACAUUACUUGGUUGGAGACCAGCAUUGCAAAAUUUGAAGGAUGGCUGUAGUUUGCCUUUAAAUAUGAACUGAAUAGAAUUUCUUUUCCCAUUCCUGCGUGCAGCCACUGGAGAUAGAGCAUUACUCCAUCGUGUUAGGAAUAUAGGAACCAGCCUAAGAUCUCAAUGCUCAGUGUGUCUUAACUUGUGAUCAAGGGAAACGUUUGUGACUUUAACUGCAGUUAUCUUUUGAUUCUCCUUAACCCAAGGUUUAAAACAUUUUAGAAGGUUAUUGUUUAUUAUUUUUGGUUGUUGUUUUUUUUAAAAAAGGCUUCACUCCCAUUCAAAGGCAGCAUCUGCACACUGCCACUGUCAAAAUGUGUCAGGGCCAGGAUUGAGUUGAAUGGUAAGUUAGUGGGUGACAGAAUUCCACUGGUGAUGAGUUGUUCUUCAUAUGGGACAGCAUAUGUCUGCUUACUUGCAUUGUCAGCAGCAGUAUCCUACUGUUAAUAGAACUUUUUCUUAAAAGGUUAUUAGGUUUAACAUGACUAUUUGUAUUUGAACAACAUUUUCAAACUCCCUUCAGGCACCAAAUGUAGUAAGUGCACUGCAGGAGUCAUAACUAUCUGUUUUGUUUUUCAGGGCUUUUAAUAGUGGCAUAAAGUUUGAAUGUUCGGGAAAAACCUGUUUAACAUUAUAAAUAUGAUUUGCAGUACUUUGCAGUUUGCAUAAGUGACUCAGAAGGUAAAAUAUGGGUAUUCUAUGUUACUUUUAUGAUUUAAUGCAAGUUGAGGUAUGUUUCAAUUCAACGGCUUAAAAUAUUCAGGAGUUCUGGUUGGUAGUCCAUUCUGUCUUUGGACAGAGUUCAUGGAUGGUAUAGUAUCUGAGUUUCAUACCUACAGGGAAUUCUUCAUGAUACAGAAUGUGUGAGGAAAGUUCUAGAUUUAUGUACUCAGUCUGUAGUUCUUUAGUAAUGGCUCAGUUCACAUGACUUGCUAGAAAAGCUGUUGUAUUCAAGUUCUAAGGAAUGGGGUAGGUGCAGGGGGAUAGUGCAUUUGUUUCAUUUGCUUUGUUGCUGAUGUGGGGACACACAAAUUCUCAUUUCUAUUAAGCAACAUGACUACCAUAAUGAAACACUGAUUAGCGUUGUACAGCUCUUGUUUGCAGUUUGUCAUUAUUUUCAUCAGGGGAAAAAGAGAAAGGAAUGUUUUGUUCCCCAUUAGUCCUCCAUGUUUUUAAGGGUCUGUUACUUAUUUCCUGUCAAGCUUGGGCAAGAGCAGUGAUUAUUUGCUAUUCCAAGUGGUUUUUCUGGGAAGAGGGGGUACUCAUUCUUUUUCAGUUAGGCCAAUUAGAGUUUUCGUAUCUUAUUAUUUAGAUUUGUUGCACAUAAUGGAAAAAUUGGUGUAGUAAUCUUUCAGAACUGAAGAGAAAAUAGCAUUAAGAGGUCUGUUAUUUUCUAGAACAGUAAGUGAACCUUAACAAAUGCUGAAUAUCAGCAAGAUUUAUGGUUUUGUCAGGAUUACAAACUAUUCUGGGCUUGUUUGACUUGAAAAGUGCAACUUCUCUGUCACCCCAGUAUCUCUUUUCCAUCCUGCCAAAUUAGCAGAGUGAACUACAGUUUGAUUUGAAAGUUUGACUGUGGUACCAUCAUUUGUGAAAAAGAAGUCUAUACAACAUUUUGUUGCAAUCUGAAGAUCUGUAUACCUGGUCCCCACUCAUGGUCCAAAAGCACGUGACACACUAAGCUUUGUGCUGGCUGAGAGCUUGUUUGGAAGCCCCACAUACACUGCCAUAGAUUCUGUGCAAGAAAGGAAACACACACACUCCAUUAUAAAGGAACCUAAGCAAACCAGGGAUGAGAGCAACAAAACUGACUACACAUGGACUGUAUUGAACAAGACCCUAGUAAUUUCCAUCGACGGCCACUUGUGCCACAUCUCAUAAUGUUUCCAAGGCUCCCUCAUUCCACAGAUGGAUUUUGGGUUGGUGGGGUUGUAGUGGGAUGGGGAUAGGAAAGCCCUAAUCUACGAAUAGAACAAAUUAUUAUUUUGGUUACAUCCCAGUAUUUCAUACUGAUGACCUUGAAAUGAGUAAGAUUGGUACACUUAGCUUGGCAUCUCUAUCAGAAAUGCACUGCUUUGGGGUUUUCAUCAGCUGUACGCCAUAAUCAUCACAAUUAUAACAAAUAAAGUCUAUCUCAUAUAUUAGUUUCACCUUUUAAGUUGAAUUACUGAAAUAAAUGAACUUUUCCAUGAUAUUCUAAUUUUUCGAGUUUCACCUGUAAGUGUUUCUUGUUGAAACCAAUGGUACAUAAAAGUGACUGACAGGAUUGUCCCAAUUUAUUUUAUAUAGAAUUCACAACAACUUGUGAAGGUGUUAUUUAUGCAAUAACAUUUAUUCCAAAGAUCAUUUAAGAGUUUCAAGUGGCGUAGGAUAUAUUCUGCCUGUCUGCCGUUUCCAUCAUAUGCAUUGAGAGCCAUCUGGAAGAUAAAUACAUGCAGAUGAGCAGCCCUUACAGUUAAGAACUGGAUUAACUUGUUAGCACCUUUUGUUAAUUCUGUAAUCUGAUCAUGUAAGAGAACAACAAUACAAAGCUAUGUUUGUCUAUUGAGGCUGGGCAGUUAAAUAGUUAGCUACCCGCAUAUUCAAGAUUCCAUAUAGGAGGAGAGGGAAAUUGUAAAAUGAUAAAAUACUGUUUUAUUUUCUCUACUAGCUUUCCUUUGCAGUCAGGCUAUGUCCAGAUGAUUCAAUAGAGAGGAUUUCCCCCCCUCAAUUUAUAGCUAGUUUUGUUAAAGCUACUUUGGUAUUAUUUGAUUUCAUCCAGGUAGCCAUGCCAGUUGGGGCUAAUGGGAGUUGUAGUUCAAAACAUAUAGAGUGCAUUAGGUUGGGGGAAAGUAGGAUAGGUAACACUACUGGUUCUCUGUGAAAAUAAACACACGUGCCCUCGUUAUUCAGUGUUUAGCUCUACAACUGAAAGUGUGAGAUGAACUAUAUAUGUGAAUUAUUUGUACAUUCUUCCUUUGAAGGGGAGAGGAUAGCACAGAAAGGAUAGCACAUUUGUUGCACAUUAUGUUGCAGGCAUGCUGGAGGGCACAGUAACCUUUUCUAAUGUACACAGGCUGUGGAGAGGACUGCCCCAGUGACUGAACUAGCUUUAUAUUCAAAGCUGACUGGUAAGAUUGUUUCAUUAAAUAGGGAGUAGGUAUUUAAGAACUGUUGUUCAAAUCCUGGCUGAAUCUGACACUAGCAGAUUCUAAUCUUGAUCCUAUGCUUGUUACAAAGAUAAAUUCCACUUGAAAUCAAAGGAACUUUGUAAUGUGUUUACAUUAUAUCUGGUUGGCAUCUGCCAGUUUCAGGAGAUAAUGGAAGAGUGUGCCUUCAGGGGUAAAUUCAAACCAUUGGAGAGUUACAGUGCCUGCUGUGACUGUAGAGACAUGAUUUGUUGCAGCUGGAGCAGAUGAAGAUGUCUGGUUGUGCUGAUGCAAGUGUGCCAUAGUGUUUCUUCUUUCUGCACUCCUUCCCGCGGUCAUUCCUUUUCUGGUCACUGUUGUGGAUACAUGACCUGACUGAUUGUCUCCAGAUGUUGUGGUGGUCUUGCAAGGGAUUUCUACAUGGCAGGCUUAAUGUUGUCAGCCUUCAUAUCAUGUUUGCAGAUGUCAUUAUAAUGCAGAGUUGGUCUGCCAACUGACCUAGUACCUGCAGCGAGCUCCCUAUAGACUAUAUCCUUGGUGAUUCUGCCAUCUUCCAUUCUGUGGACAUGACCAAGCCAGCAUAGACGUUGUUGGAACAGGAGGGCAAACAUGCUGGGAUAAUGUGUACAUUAUAGUCUACCUAAGGAAUUCAUUUAUGAACAUCACUACUGGAUCCGACCAAAGGUUCACUAUUUAUUCAUAUCCCAACUUUCCUACAUAAGGAGAUAAAACAAUUAAAACAUCUUAAACAAUUCCAAUACAGUUGCAGACUUAAAAGAUCUUUCCUUAAAAGUCUUGUUGGAAAAGGAAGGUCUUCUGUAGGCACCAAAAAGACAAUAGACAAAAGCUGUCUAAUAUCAAACAGAAGAGAAAUUCAAAAGCAUUCAAUCCAGCCCACAUCUGUUUUCCACAUUGACCAGCCAGAUGCUCCUGGGAAGCCCACUAGGAGGGCUUAUAAAAGCAAUAGUUUUGCCUUGUUACUAAUUCCCAGCAACUGACUCUAAACCUGGAGGUCCUGUUUCGGUAUGACAAAAUCCAUUGGCUUUUGUUCUAACACUUUCUGCUGUUGCUUUUUUAAUAAAUGAAAGGUAAAUAAUACCUUGAGAAGGAAGUAGGACAACUCCUGAACAUGUCCUAUCCAAUACUUAAUUUACAAAACAUAUUUAAAAAUAUUUAGGGACUUAUUUGCUAUGAGAAUCUUCAUUUCUAGUCUAAUAUUUGUCUUCAGAGGAAUGAUAGUGGUUUAUAUUUUUCUUGGGAUUUCUCCUGAGAAUUUAGUGAUACGCAGCAAUCCCAAACACCUAGGUGGUGGUUAUGUUAGAUUGAGCAGAGGCAUCCAUUCCGCCUGUCAAAUGGGCUGGACACCAGCAGAACUCAGUGAAAGACCCCAAAACAAGGCCUUGUGGGGCAGGACUGAGCCAGCCCUUUUUCUUCCCUGCCUAGUAAUAGUAUUCAAACACCAUGAGUAUUCAAGCCAUGCUGUAUUAUUCUCAUACUGCAACGACAGCUGCUGCCCUUUAUAAAAAAGUUUUGGGGAGUAUUGUGGUGGGGUGAGACUAAUGUUUUAUUCUUUUGUUUUGGCAGACACUGAAUCAUGCCGUUAGUCAAAAGGAACAUUGAACCUCGACACCUCUGCAGAGGAGCUCUGCCCGAGGGAAUUACUAGUGAAUUAGAAUGUGUAACCAAUAGUACUCUUGCUGCUAUCAUACGCCAGCUAAGCAGCCUAAGUAAGUAACUGGGUGGCUUUUAAAAUGUGUUUUUUUCUUUUUAAGGGAAACUUGAAGAGUAUACACAGUUUCGAAGCUGGCUUAAGUGGCAUGAUGACUUUGGGUUUAGCAGUCUCAGCACCUUUGCAUGUGAAUAAUCAAAAUAAGUAAAAUCAAUGCCUUGCCACCUUGACUUCAUAUCCUGUAUGGCCUUGUGUCCAGUGUUUCCCUCUUUCUUUUACCUUCCUUUGUGCCAGUGUGGUGUAGUGGUUAAGAGUGGUAGACUCGUAAUCUGAUGAACCGGGUUCGCGUCUCCGCUCCUCCACAUGCAGCUGCUGGGUGACUUUGGGCUAGUCACACUUCUCUGAAGUCUCUCAGCCCCACUCACCUCACAGAGUGUUUGUUGUGGGGGAGGAAGCGAAAGGAGAAUGUUAGCCGCUUAGAGAUUCCUUCAGGUAGUGAUAAAGCGGGAUAUCAGAUCCAAACUCUUCUAAGGCUAGGGUGUGUAGAGAAGUUUUUAUGGAUUUUUAAAGCUUUGGCCAUGUGGAUCCACCCCCUCUUCCCAAAUGCCUGUUUGCCUUUGGGUAUCUAAAGAUUUGGAACCAGCACUGGCCCAACCAUUAGGCAAAGAGAAGCCAUUAAUUCAUCACACAUGCCAUAUGUAGUAUAUGGAAUUACAUUUAUAAUAUUCAGUUACUGAGGGUAGCAGCCGCCUGUUCCUCCUGGGCCAUUCUUCUCUGUGGGAUAUCACAGACUUGUAAUAUACCCCCUAAACUAGUCUGCUGCUUUCAGGUGCACUGCAAGGGGAGGACACUAGCCUGUUGCCAGUGCUGAAGUAAGAUUCAAUGGGGAAAUGCUAACUUGUCCUUUAUCACAGGCAGCAAAAGUUGUUGGGCUGGCCCUGCUUAUACCUGCUCUGACUGUGUAGCAUUCCUGUGUGCAGGAUUGUGUCUGAAAAGAGCAGUUUUCAGUCACAUUGGAUAAAUGUGGGAAUUCUGUGCUUGUCAACUUGCAUAAAGCACCAGAAGCAUAGUGAAAACACUCUGAAGAAACUUUGUACUGUUUCUGUGUGCAAAUACAUGUGCAUAGUGUGUGUCAAACACCUGGGGAGAUGUUGUCUUCUUUCUCUAUAGGCAAACAUGCUGAAGACAUAUUUGGUGAGUUGUUUAAUGAGGCCAACAACUUCUACAUCAGGGCAAAUUCCCUUCAAGACAGAAUUGACCGCCUUGCUGUCAAAGUCACCCAGCUGGAUUCAACUGUGGAAGAAGGUAGGUAAUUGUAUUUGAGCAUUGAGCCAGAAGUGAUAUUGACAAGAGCACAGUAAUUAAUUGCUCAGCAAUCACUACUUUUUCCUUUGGAGUUGGUACUGAGUGAUAUUUCAUCUUGGUUGUUUUUUUUUAAGGUAGCAGCUUUGGGAGGGGGGAAUCUGUGGCAGUUGCAGGGGGGAAAAGGGGAGGAAGAGGAAAAUAUAUUUAAUAUUUGCCACUUAAUAUUUGCCACUAGAAGUCCAUGCCCUUAUCUCUCUUUGCAGGAGUCCUACUUUUAAUUGGAUCUAUUGCUUGGGUAUAUUUCAUGUAUUAUUAAUUUGCAGUAGGUAGAUGAACAUGAGCAAUGCCCAUCUCAAACCUCUUAUUCCAGAAGAGUAAUAGAUACAUAUCACCACUGUAGGAUAAACUGUUGUCCAAGAAAACUGAUCUUUUGGUAUUUUAUAACCAGAUUGUUAGAACACUGGAUGCAUUCUACACUGUUGUGUGCUGAUACAGCCCAUUGAUUUUAUUGGGCCUAGGUUACUUCUCAAGAUUCAGUGGCUGUGUCAUGGAGAUAAAUUCUGUAUCAGUAUCAAUUGCUAGAGUCUCUAUGGUCAGAGUCAGCAUGCCUCUGAAUACCAGUUGCUGGAAACCGCAGAAGGGGAGAGUACUCUCGUGCUCAGGUCCUGCUUGUGGGUUUCAUACAAGCAUUUGGUUGGCUGCUGUGAGAACAGAAUGCUGGACAAGAUGGGCCAUUGGCCUGAUCCAGCAGACUCUUCUUAAGCUUGUCAUGUAGAGCUACUGCCUCACAAUUGCAAUUUCAGAUACCUUUGGUAACCCCUUUCAUAACUUAUUUCUAUGUGUUGGCUCUUUGUAUGUUGGAGGGAAUGGGAUUCCACCACUGACGGUGCCUACAGCUUCCACACAAGGAGCGCUUACACAUGGAGGUUGGAGCCAAGGCCAAUAGGGCAUGGUAGUGAUUGAUGAGUGUGGGGCCACCAGCAUAAUACUACUCCCUCCUCGCAUAAAAUGAAUGUGCUGAGGAUGAGAUAUGAAAGGGGUUAGAGUAGCAGCACUACUACCUAUGUAACAGAGCACAAAUUUAUGACCAUAAUUGUAGCUAGUUUAUGACUACAUUAUAUUUUGAGAAGGACUGUAGCUCAGUGGUAGAGCAUCAGCUUUGCAUGCAGGUCUCAAGUUCAAUCCUCAGCAUGUCUAGGUAGGUCUGAAAGUGAUACCUGGCUAAAUUCCUGGAGAACCACUGCCAGUCAGUAUAGAAAAUACUAAGCUUGAGGACCAAUGGUCCGACUUGGUAUAAGGCAACUUCCUAUGUUCCUGUUUGCAUCACUGUCUUCAGUCUUAAUGCAACAUCUGAAGUUCUAAUACUUCACUGAAUACAAUAUGACUGCUUAUAUCUUUGCUUGCUUGUGUAUACUUACAAAAGGAGUGCUUAGUUGUGUUCAUUGAGGAUGCCAUUCUAGACAACUGAAGACAUUUACAGGAGCAGAAGUUUUGUCAUUUGUCUAGAACGGCGGUUACAGAAGCUACAUAUUUUCUUUGGAUUGUUGGCAGAAGCUGCAUAGAAAUGAAAUUUAGAAGCCUCACUUUCACAUUCUGCUUCUGAAAAUUGAUUCAUAGUCAAUAUAACCCCUUAAAAAGCUUAAAUAAUAGAUUGCAUAAUUUGUAAAUCUAGUGUUGAAUACACAUUCUAAUCAAAUAUGCAGAAGUAUAAUGCAUUUAUUUAAAGCUGGUUUCAUUGAUUGAUAUAUUUUGUAAUUAAAAGCAGAUGUGUGUUGCAUUUUAAGCCAGGUAGCAUAUUAUGUUACAAUAUAGGUCCCCAAAUGUAGUGUCCAUGGGGUCCCUAAUGUGACACCUUCCAGGGUUUCUGCCCCUCCCAAAUUUGUAAAAGAAUUGAGGGAUUUUUUGGGAGAGGUUGCCUGUUUUGUGGACAGUGUUGCAUUGCUUUUUCGUCUCUUUUUUUGGAGUGGCAUAGGUAUGUUGCCUGCUUUAUUUUCAGCUGGGGUAGGAGCUGUUCUGAACAAGACCAGUUUUUCUGUGAAAAGGGUAUUUUGUUGCCCAAAACAGUUUUGAUAUUUCCAAAUCUGCUCCAAAAGUUUGAUGUCAGGUUGGUGUUAUAACAACAACUUACAGUUGAGGUCAAAGGUACUUAGGUCCUAUGGAUACACAAUUUGAACUAUGAUAAAUAAAAUACAACUGUUUGCAACCAAAUAAUCCAAAACACUAGUUGUGCAGCUCAAAUGCAUUUUGCAGUAUGUAUUUAUAUCCGUUAGGGAAGCAACUGUGAAAUUAAGGGUUUCUGCUUGGCUUUCGCCUCACUUGUAUGGAUGCUAGGCAAAGGCCACUUGAAGAACUUAGUUUGAAAACAAGAGCAGGUUGUCACUGGGCAGAUCAGUUUUUCUUCAUGAUAUGCAAUGCACAUGUUUAUGCUGUUUAACAUAGCACAUAAUGUGCAUACUAAGUUACUCUAUAUACAACCUGUUAUGUCAUACAUAAUAUUGUGGAUUUGGGGGACAAAAAUUUUUACUUACACAAUGUUGUUGGGGAAAUAUUACCAUGUCUGACUUGUUAAGAAUCUUGCACCCACAAAUUGUGUGAAGGGCAUGUUUUGUAUUCUAUAUAGGAACAAGAAUUUAAUCAGUUUUGCUCCUCACUUCUUCCUCUUAUCAAAUGUGUUCAAUAUUUUGAUUUGCUUUACUCCUGGAUAUUGUGGUUAACUUUUUCUCAAUUUAAUUUUGUUCUUUUUGUCAACAGUGUCAUUACAGGAUAUCAACAUGAAAAAAGCAUUCAAAAGUUCUACAGUACAGGACCAGCAGGUGGUUUCGAAGAAUAGCAUCCCCAAUCCUGUAGCUGAUAUUUAUAAUCGGAGUGACAAACCACCUCCGUUGAAUAUCCUUACUUCAUAUAGGUAAUGUAACUGCAAAUGAAUAAAUAGGCCUGCACAAGUAAUGAUGUAAUCAAUACUAGAUUCAAGCUACUGAAUAUUGCCCAGUUAGCUUUUCUUUGGAGUCUGAUAUAGACAACAGCCCUGAGGCAUAGCUCAGUUGGUAGAGCAUGAGAUGCUUAAUCUCAGGGUUCUGGGUUCAGCCCCACAUUGGGUGAUAGAUUCCUGCAUUGUAGAGGGUUGGACUAGAUGAUCCUUGUGGUCCCUUUCAACUCUUCUAUGAUUCUAAGGCUCCAUAUCAGUAACCCAAAGAUAGUUCAGUUGACUUCUAUAAGAAAGUCGGAAAGAGUCAAUUUAGCCCACAGUACGCUGACAGGCAGCAUAUCUUCAAGUUAAAGUAUCUCUCUAGUGCUUGAGAGUUUUUGUUUUUUUAAAAAUAUUUUUACGUGCAAAGAUACUGAGCUAAGGCACCUCUCAGAGUAAAUAUGCUAGAAUCUCAAAAUCUAUCUACGUGCGGGGUGGUUUAGCUUGCUGAUUUGAACACAAUAUACCGUAUUUUCGCCCUAUAGGACGCACUUUUCCCCCUCCAAAAAUGAAGGGGAAAUGUGUAUGCGUCCUAUGGGGCGAAUGCAGGCUUUUGCUGAAGCCUGGAGAGCGAGAGGGGUCAGUGCGCACCGACCCCUCACGCUCUCCAGGCUUCAGGAAGCUAUCCGCAAGCCUUGGGAGCCCGCAGGAGUUCCCGCCGGGCUCCCACGGCUUGUGGAUAGCAGCCUGCAUCCCGAAACCUGGGGCGCGCAGCGGGGCGCGCCCCGGGCUUCGCGCAGCUCUCCGCAAGCCGUGGGAGCCCGGCGCGACUUUGUGCUGGGCUCACACGGCUAACGAAGAGCUGCCUGCAUCCCGAAUUUUCCCCCUUUAUUCCCCCAAACUAGGUGUACCCUAUGGGCUGGUGCGCCCUAUGGGCCGAAAAAUACGGUACUUCUAAGUUUUAAAUAAUAGUUUGAACAUUGCUUCUUGUCAUUUUCAAUUUACCUCAAACACCCAUUCAUACUGGGUUUUCCCACUUGAUACCUUGGCACAACCAGAUGCAGUUUGCACCGGGCCCUGAGUGAAGUGGCCAAUGGGUGCUGCACUUACGGGUUUGGUUGCAGGAAAGCCAGCUUCUCAUUAAAGUGUAGGUCUGCUCCCUAUGAUAAACUGUUUUAUCCAAACAAAUGUAAUAAGUAUUGGGCCUAUUCUUAAGUAAGCACCUCAUUGUAUCAUUUGAGUCACCAGAACCUGGGUGCUUAUUCAUGACAGUUCAGUUGGCAGAGUAGCUGGCUUGUUACUUGAAACAGACAGAACUGUUCCAUUUCAUUGGGAGGUAGGUCUUCUGUCUGGAAAUGGCAUCCUAUGCAGUACAUUGGCACCAUUGGAGCCUUUCCCACUAGGUUAUCUGCAGAGUCAUGAGUACGCUAGAAUACUUGCUUGGGUCUCUAAGUAUGCUUUAAACAAUAAUCCUCCUGUUUUCUCAAUAUCUGUUCAUUUUGUUCACAGAGAUGAUAAAAAGGAUGGGCUGAAGUUCUAUACUGAUCCCUCUUAUUUCUUUGACCUAUGGAAAGAAAAAAUGUUACAAGAUACAGAAGACAAACGAAAAGAGAAGAGACGCCAAAAGGUAAACAGGCACAUUUUAAAAUGUAUGCACGUGGUUUACCAGCCAUAUUUUGGAAUAAAAAUGGUUCAUUGUUUAAAUGUUUUUCUUGACAUACAUAUGACUGGAAAACUAGCAAGAUUAUUUCAUACUUUUGUAUUUCAAUCUUAAAUGUGUGUCUUAAUUUCUUCUCUUAAAAAAUUCUAGCAAAAAUAGCCUACUAGUUUCAGAAAACAUAUUUUUGAAAAAUAGAUUAUAUGAUUAUAAACUUAUUUCAUAAAGUUCUUUGAGCUUUUGAUGGUUUUCUUUAGAUUGUUUCCACUCUAAAAUGCAAAUUGACUUUAUUCUUCUUAUUCUGAGAAUAUGUCCAUCUGCUUUUUAUGGGUGAGUCUGAAUAAAGAAUCACCUAAGGUAUGUCAUGGAAGAGUAUAUAAUGGAGCAGUUUUAGGAAUGAUGUUCAUUGCUGUCAGUGUGAGUACAUACAAAUUAAAUCCCUGAAUAAUGUCACUAAGCAAUAAAUCAGCUAUUUUUAAAUAGAAAAUGUACUGGCAUUUCUGUGUGGCUAUGGUCAUACUGGAACUCCCAGACCACCUAUCUGACCUAGGCAAUGUACAAAAGUAAAUAAGAACAUCACUAAGAGAAGAAGACUUUUUUGUUUACUACUCCUUCUGAAAUAAAGGAAAGCACCACAUUCUGUGAUCAGGAGACUUGGAUGAUUAUUUGCUUGGUGAGGGAAAGCUUGCUGAUUUGGUGAGGAUAUGUGAAGUGGGGAUGGGAGGGCAAUAUAACAUGUGUGCUAACAAGGUUGAGUUUUUCUGCAUGUAAAAUGCCCGUUUUUAGUUUGACUUUGCCUAAGAAUGUUGAGGUUUUAAUUCCAAUGAAAUGGUUACUGUAGCAUACUUUAUCCUCCUUCUGUGAACAGAUGGUCUUAAAUGGGCUUGCCUGUUGCUGUUAUCACUAACCUCGACUGUCUUCCCAUCUGCAUAAAAUAUGAUGACUGUAAUUUAAGAGUUUGCAACAGAAUAAAUGUUUGAGUUAUAAGCAAAAGCACUGCAAAAAGCUCCCUCCAAACACUAAAAACAAACAAACAGGCAGAAUGCAUUGGUCACUGGUAUCAAAGAUUGCUAGGAGACCCAGGACAAUUAAAUCAUCCUUCCUCAGUCUUCAUCUAGCUUAGGCCAUUGACAAGGUAACCAAGGCAGUUUUGUAUCUGAAAUCAGCCUAGAAAACGGGUGUAUCAGGAAUAGAUAGCCUUUGCUGUCCUAGGUGCCUAGAACUAUACAGGAAGAGAAAAGGUGAAGAGACAUGCUUUAUGCUUCUUAGUAGCUGUGUGAUUAAAGAAUAUAUUUUUAUGAUUUCAUUGCAAUUUUUCUUUCAUAAUUGAAAAUCAAUUAAUCUAACCGUUCUCCCCAAAUGCAUUUACAGUCGCACCUUGGAAGUCAAACAGAAUCCGUUCCGGAAGUCCAGUCGACUUCCAAAACAUUUGGAAACCAAAGCGCGGCUUCUGAUUGGCUGCAGGAAGCUCCUGCAGCCAAUCAGAAGCCGUGGAAGCCCCGUCAGACGUUCGGCUUCCAAAAGAAUGUUCAAAAACCGGAACACUCACUUCUGGGUUUCGAUCAUUCGGGAGCUGAUUUGUUUGGGAGCCAAGGCAUUUGAAACCCAAGGUACGACUGUAUUUUUAUCGUUGAUUUUAAUAUACUCUAAUGAGUCGUUUGUGUUGUGAUCCAUUAUCCUUCCAUGUGCAUGAAACCUAUUUGGUAUUUGUUUGGCAGGACAGUAUAAGUACUGAGCUUUUUCCAUUUGCAAGGAUGAAUACCACGCAGCUCUUUGCUGUAAGGUAACUGCUUAAAAGAUGAAGUCAGUUGCUUUCAGAAAAAGUACAUGUGGUGUUGAAGGGAAGCCAAGUUUAUUCCAGUGCCAGAAAAAACACACCAACUCUUGUUUGUAGAUGUAUCUUCACAUACCCCUGGACUCUGAUGGGAAAAUAUUUCCAUGCUACUUGCUGUGAUGCACUGUGAACCUUUUUAUUUGCUUGUCUGAACACUAAGAUUACAGUAGCUCUGUAGAACUACAAUUUAGCAUGGUAUUGUUUAAAGCAGGCUUUGCAAACCAUACAAUUUUACAAUUGUGAAAAAACACUAAUAUGUAAAUUUAAUGUUUGUGUUUGCUAUGUAUAUAUUACUGCACAGCUGAUAACUUGUCAGAUGUAUAACCUAUGAACUCUUUAGAAUAUGGCUUCAUUAUAAUUUGCUUGGCUCACCUAUAUAUCUACUUAUUUUCAUUCUCUUAACAGCAUUUAACUUGCUCUUUCCUUCCUUGUCUCUUCCUUUCGCAUGCCUUGCUUUCUUGUUCUGUAACAUUAGGAGCAAAAGCGUAUAGAUGGCACAACUCGUGAGGUGAAAAAGGUUAGAAAAGCAAGGAACAGGCGCCAGGAAUGGAAUAUGAUGGCAUAUGACAAAGAGCUUAGACCAGACAACAGGUUGUCUCAAAGUAUAUACCAUGGAGCAUCAUCCGAGGGAUCUCUGUCCCCUGAUACUAGGUCUGUUUACAACAAACCUUUUUGUUGUAUUAUACAUUCAGAUAUGCAUAGUAUCCUUAUAUUCUUAAUAAGCAACUGUAGAAUUGCAAUGAAACAUUCAAUUAAUGUUACAACAGGCAUUUUCAAAAUUAUUUGAAAGGCCAGUGUGACUUAAAUCUGUUACUUGUUACUAUACAACCACAUUGCACGUAUGUUUGUGUUUCUGUUCUAGAUUGCCAUAUUGUACUGCUAUAGGCAACUUAGUACAUGGAUUUUUUUUUUCAAUUUAUGAUUUUACUGAUUUUAAGAAAAACAUAUUCUAAACUUUUGUGUAGUACUUAGAAAGCAAUGGUUCUUCACAUGCAAGGCAAUAUACUGGCUUCAUAUUAGUAGAUUUUGCUAAUUGAAUAAAGUUCACUGUUCAUACAGUUGGUAUUCAGAGAGGAGCUGCAGAACCAGAAGCAAUAUUUUUAAAAAUGGUUUUGAACAGAAACAUAUCCCUAGUGUGUACAACGGUAUUUACCACCGGUAUUCUCUCUCUGUGUUGUACUUCUUUGUGCUAAGUGGGAGGUCUGUAUUCAAGCAAAGUGGAACAUUCAAGUUGAUUGGCCAAGCGGUCUCUAGAGACAUUUUUGUUUUCAUAUUUGUUCUCCAAAUUAAUUUAAUUGGAAGGAACAACCCACAGCAAAUAAUGCAGACUGCCUAACAACAUUUCACAAUUCCACUAACAUCUAUUAUGGCUUGUUUAUGUCAUCUUGUAGUUAUUUUUAAAGUCCAGGCUGUUAAAGCAAAAGAGGAUUGCAAGAAGAGCCCAGAAGCUGACUUCCAUAGAAAGCCAUGUUUUAAAGAGAAUUACUUCUGUAUUUCUAUGAUGCUAUUCAGGAUGUUUUGUCUGCACUAGGAAAAUAUUCUUCUUUCAUGCUACAUAACUUCUUUCCUGAGCAAAACUGUUCUCCAACUUAAUAGAGAGGAAAGCAUUUCUGUGAUUCCCAGUCACUUGUUGAAAUUCUACUCCUCUUGAACCAUGGGAAUCAUAUUCUUGUCAACUCUGUUAACUGGAUUAAUUCACUUACUCCAGUCAUUUUGUUUCCUUGACUGACAUGUACUUUUUUUACUCCUUUUUUUGUAGCAUGAAAAAUUGCCUUGUGAAUGAAUUGUAAUAGGAGUAUUGUAAACACAAGUGUUACAUUCAAAACAAGCCUACACAAAUGCGCUUCUUGUUAUAAUUUUGAUGCACUGCUUAUAUAUGCAUAAAAAUGAUAAGCAAACAUAGCAAUUUUAUGUAACUAUUGGAAUUUGAAAUUCUGAUGUUUCCAAAUUGGCGAGUCCUAUUUACAAUGCAUUUAUGCUAUGCCCAUUGUGAUUCAGAAAGAGAGACACAAGCUGAAUCCAAGCCGGCACCAGCAAAUUAAUGUGAGGAAAGUAAGGACAAGAAGAGAAGAGUGGGAGAGAAGGAAAAUGGGCAUUGAGUUCAUAAGUGAUACAAAGAAACAAGAGCAGACAGGAAGCACAAAAGAGGCCAAGAUGCCCAAAGGGUUUGUCUUUUUGUUUUACUCAAACCUCUGGUGCUUUGUUGCUUGCCUAGCUUCCUGUCUGAAAAGAUGAUGAGCAUCUAUUUUACUGAUACCUUUUUAAACCAAAUUACUAUUUGACACAAUUUGUCUUUACUAAUGCAGCUUUUUGCAGCUCAGGCAUGCAAAUAAAUUGUCUGUUGGCCCUAACCUAUAAGCUCUACAGUGUUAGUAUCUUUAUAAGUUCUGUGUUCCACUAAUAGUUCUUUUUUCUCUGCCUCUUUAAUCCAGUUGUAAUUAUUUGCCCAAAAAAAAAGCAACUUAUAAAAUAUUAAGGUCUUGGAGUUGGGUUGUUUUUGAUAAAUGAAAAUAUUCUCUUGGUCUCAGCUUCUAGUUUUGCUUUCAUCUUUUGCUUUUCUUGGUAAUAGUACUUCUCUAUCACUUCUCAUAGAACUAAUAUCGCCUUGUAUGUGAGAGAAUGCAUACCCUGCAAGUUUACGGUUUCUGUGUAUUAGGAAAAUCGAUGAAUUUGAAAAUUCAGAUUUUGUAAAUAUAAGCUGCACUUUGUGGCUGUAGAAAGUUAUUUGCAAAGACAGUGAAACUAAUGCAUUUCCUCCUAAUUUCUGCAUUAUCUCCGCUUGUAUUUUAGAUCUCAUGCCUCAGAUGUUACCAGCUAUUCAUAUCCUGCUACUCCAAAUCAUUCCCUCCAUCAGCAGCCAAUGAUGCCUUCAUAUGGAGCAGGAGAUGGAGCUCAGUACAUGCUUGCAAACCAGGGCCUUGAGCAUGAAUUUAGGCCACCUUCUACAACAGUGCGGCAUGCUACCUUAAACAGACCUCAACAACCACCUCCACCCCCACCCCAAGCCGUAGAUGGAUCCCUAGGGACUGUGUCAUUGGUACCAGCUGAUUAUGGGUAAAAAAUCCCUUUUGUUAUUUAUUUAAAAUGUGUUUACCUUGCUUUUCAGCUGAAAUGCUCCCAAAGCAGCUUACAUGAGAUCAGUUAACAAGACAGUCCCUGUCCUCAGGCUUACAAUCAGCAACAACGUGGAGGGAAGGGAUGGGACACAUAGACAAAAAGAGUGGAAAUAAGAGGUCUUAACUAUGGUUAAUGUUCAGUGAGGGAUAUACUUAAGCUGUAUUGUUGUAUGAUUAGGUUGCUACAGUACUUGAGGCUCACAUGCUUAGAGAAAAUACUCCAGCAAACUAGGUAAGGACCCUUUACUGCUUCCCAGUGCUAUAUUUAAACCAAGGUAAAAAUGGAUGUGGGAAAACUUGAUGUUGAUAUUGAAACAGAGAGAUGUGUGCUAUGUGUGUUGUGUGUUUAGUAAGAGGCAACUGGAAAAGUUUGAGUUGCCAGAAAAAGUGAAGAAAAUCAAUGCAAUGUAACCCAGUAUUUUUUAUGCAAUCAUAUUCAUUACCAAAUGAAGCAUAUGCUACUGGGUGCACACUGCAAAUCUGCUAGCUCAUAUGCCAGUUAACAAAUAUUGUGUUCUAUUUUAUAUAUAGGAUGCUUGCAGCUCAGAUGGUGGAUUAUUACAAUCCUUCAGGACCCCCGCCGCCUCCCCCUCCACCCAUGAUUCCUUCUGCACAGACCGCUUUUGUUAGUCCUCUCCAAAUCCCUGUGCUACCUUCCCAUCCUGGACUAGUGACUGGAUCUAUAUAUUCUGCUGCUCUUCAUCCUCCUUCUACUGGGCUUGUUGUUACAGCUCCCCCUCCUCCAGGCCCGCCUCCUCCCCCUCCAGGCCCUCCUGCUGCAGGAUCCUCUCUCUCAUCCUCUCCGAUGCAUGCGCCUGCACUGGCUGAAGCAAAGCGGCAUGAGCCCACACAAUCACCCAUCAGUGAUGCUCGAAGUGAUCUUCUGGCUGCCAUUCGGAUGGGUAAGGGUACAUUCAGAAUGGUCAGGCUUAAACAGACCAGUGUUCGGGUUUUCCAUAACUUUGCAUAAGCCGUGCUUUUAAUUUAUAAGUACAGUCAUACCUCGGGUUGAAGUAGCUUCGGGAUGGAUAUUUUCGGGUUGCGCUCCAUGGUGACCCAGAAGUAACAGAGCGCGUUACUUCCGGGUUUUGCCGCAUGCGCAGAUGCUCAGAAUGAUGUCACACACAUGCGCGGUAGUGGCGAAACACAACCCGCAGACACGCAGUCGCUGUUAUGUUCACUUCAGGAUGUGAACGGGGCUCCAGAACAGAUCCCGUUCGCAUCCAGAGGUACCAGUGUACAGUGUUGCAUCUUGAAAGCUAAGUAAUGGCAUUCAGAUUCUUGUUGUUGGGUCCAGUGCUUUCUAUUCUCCUGAUAUACAGUAAUUUGCCACAAUGAAGUAUUUGAUUUUGUUCUUGGGCAAACAGAUGGAGACACACACUGACAUUCAUCCAUACAAUAUACCGUAUGUGUGUGUUCAUGUGUCUAUACAUACCUAUAGAAAAAACCUAGUUGGCUCCCUACUAGAGAAGAAUGGCAGAUUAAGUUGGUAGACUAUGUCGAAUUGACAAAAAUGACUGGAAGAAUCAGAACCCAGGAGGACCAAAAUUUCAAUAAGGAAUGGGGGAAAUACAUAAUUUACCUUAAAAACUGUUGUAAACAACUAAAAUCAUUAGUAGGAUUGGAAUAACACUUGUAAUUCUACGGUUGACUCGUAAUCUGGGGAACCGGGUUCGCGUCUCCGUUCCUCCACAUGCAGCUGCUGGGUGACCUUGGGCCAGUCACACUUCUUUGAAGUCUCUCAGUCCCACUCACCUCACAGAGUGUUUGUUGUGGGGGAGGAAGGAAAAGGAGAAUGUUAGCCGCUUUGAGACUCCUUCGGGUAGUGAUAAAGCAGGAUAUCAAAUCCAAACUCCUCUUCUAAUUCAGUGUUGAACUUUGGAUAUAAUAGAGAUGGAAAAGAUUUGGAUUAAUGAAAAAGAUGCAGGAGGAAAAGAUGCAGUUAAUAAAAGGACUCACAAAGGGGAGGAGGGAAAUUCAGGAGAUUCUUUGGAAUUCUUUUUUUAUGAUGGUGGUUGGAUAAUUGAUUGUAAAAUUUUAAAACCUGAAAACUUAAUAAAAAAUCAGCAGAUCAAAGUAAAUUAAUAGCCUCUGGUAACAUGAGAGGUAUUUGAAUUGCCUCCUUUUAUCUUGGGGAAUAAUGACUGUUUUACAUGAUAGAUGAAGUUGUCAUUUCCAUUGAAAAGUACAGAGGCCUGUGGAAAAGCCAAAACAAUCACCAAGAGCAUAUUAACUCUUGGAAUUCCUUAUUUCUGUGAAUUCUCAUUGUGUUUUAAACCCUAAGGUAUUUUUGUUAAUUUUUAAGUCCUGUGUACUUUACUUGUAAGGUUACUCUUGUUUAAAAAGAAAAAAAAAACUUUACCCAUGAAAAUAACAGUGUGAUAAUUUGUCUCACUGCUUUCUUCAGGAAUCCAGUUGAAAAAAGUACAAGAGCAGCGUGAACAAGAAGCUAAGCGUGAACCUGUUGGAAAUGAUGUGGCCACAAUUCUUUCCAGACGCAUUGCUGUGGAGUACAGCGAUUCAGAAGAUGAUUCGGAAUGUGAUGAAAAUGACUGGUCAGACUGAAAACUGGAGAACCAAAGCAUUCUAUUAAUUUCUUAAGGAAAUUGUUCAUGUUGUGUAGGCACUGAUAUAUGUUGAAACAGGUUAAUUAAAUUGAUGGUAUUCAGGAUGCUGUCAGUAUGUUUGGUGAUAAUAUAGAACUCUUUUAUUUUCAGUAUUUACUGCCUAAUACUGUAUACAAGUGCCACUGAAUGUAGCAAAUCAUGUUCUGCCCCAAGAGAAGGCAGUGUUUGUUCUUGGCCAGGAGUACAUGUAAGUUAUUUAGAUUGUUUGAAUAUUAACACCAAUUUCCCCAGGUACUUGGAAAUCUUUCAAAGCAGGUGCUUGAUCUUGGAGCACAACAUGGCAGAACAAUGUCCUCCACCAUAAAAUGUCACUAAUUUGCAUUUUUGGUCUAGCUUCAUGGAGAAUACGUAUAAAACUGGUAGCAGUUAAAUGUUUCUUGUUUAUUUUUAAUUCUUACUCUGCCCGUCCCAUAUAUUGUGAGUUUAUUUUUAGCAUCAUAGCUACACUUUAAAAUAAUCAGGGGUUGGAGCCAUACUGACAUUGUUAGUGAAUAAUUGGGUGACAUUAGGUUAAGUGCUGAAUUCCCUCCCCUUAUUUAUCUGUUUGUUUGUUUGUUUAGUUUUCAUAAUCAGUUUUAGAAAAUAAUAUAGUUUGUAACAGGCAUAUUCAAGCAUAUUGUUAAAUGAAUCCUAAAAUGGAAAUCAUACUUCUCUUAGGAGUUGUUGAGCUCAAAAGGUAAGGUUUGUUGAGAACCAUGUUCAAGCUGUGUCUGGCUCAUGGGUGACUGGACAAAUUCUUUAUAGUUACAGCACCUAAAUAAAUUUCACCUCAAGUUGAUAUAAAUAAUUUUGUUACCUCUCAUAUGGUUUACAGUGCUGCAUUUAUUACAUGUGGAUAGACAUGUAAUGCCUUUGUCAGCUUAAGAGUGCAGUUGUGUCAUAUUUAUUUUUGUAUGCCCCUUUUUAAAAAAGUGGCAGUUGUAAUCUACAUUUUCAGUCUUAUAUAAUAUUUCAUUUUUAAAGGCUGUUUUCAUGUUUUCUUUCAGUUGCUCUUAGUUAUUCACAAUUCAGUACUGUAUUGAAACUAAUUUCCUUUCUUGGCUAUGAUUCAGGAUCUUGUUAUGCUUGAUUAUGUUUCAUAGAAUAGAAGUUUAGAAGCAGUCAGUGCUGGCUUUGGCUUUUGUUUGUGGGGAUUUUUCGAGGGUGGGGGGUGGGGUGAGACCAGGCAAGUUGCCCUGAAUGGUCCAUGUAUUUAAAGGUGCCUGCAGUUGCCUAGAGGGGAAAAGCAAGGUGAGCAGAGGUUGCUCCUCUUCCUCUUUGCUCCUGUCACUAUAUGCUUGCUUAGGAGGAGACAGAUGACUAGGUAGCAAUAGCAAAGUGUAGGAGUAGUGGAGGUCUGGGGUUGUCAGCCCUCUGUUGGAGUGUGGGCUUCAGCAGUGCUAGUCCCUGAUUCCAGCCCUAGAAACAAUCCAUUGAAAGCUGUUGCUGCACAAUUAGAUUUGUGUUAAGCUUGGUGGGCGGGGGUUGAUAGAUCACUUCUAAAUAAGUGAAAAAAAUGGAGUAAUUCAUACCCAAUAAGCUUAAGUAUUUUUGCUUUGGGACAUGAAGCAGUGUCCUUCAUCCACAAUCUCUUUGAACUCCGGUGUCUUCCAUUCCUUAGCCCUGUCAAAUGAAAGAGAAGACAAAUAGUCUCUGAGAUGAAGAGAACUGCUGUGUGAUGGCUGUUGUUAAAUAGGACUCUGGAAUAGAGUUGUCACCACCAGUCCAAGAAAAUGUAAUCUUGGCCCAAGCAAGCUUAUUUUAUUCUCUUCUUUCCCCUCCUAUUCUACCUUGACUUAAAAAACAGUCUUACAAAUUGUAAUAACAUUCUAAAGUAGCUGUUGAUAAAAUUUUAUAUAUGAUAUAAAAUCUCUUUUCUGUACAGCAACCACUCAGUAGGAACACAGAAUUUAAGUUUUUGUGGGGGUUUUUCAAAAUAAGAACUAUGGUAAUAUUUCACUACAGCAUUCCUCCAGAUCCACCAGGGCAAGCAUUUUGUCUUGCCAGGUGGAAUGAUCCCCCCUUUCCCUCCCUUUGUGCUGUUCCAGGGGUUCUCCUGAUCCAAGUCAAUUUCAGGGGCAUGUGAAGAGAGGAAGGGGGAGAACCGCAUUGUAAAAGUGGAAGCCCCACCCUAUAAAAAGGUAACUGUAUUUAGUGUCCCUAUUGAGAGCACAGCAUUCAUUGUUAACAAUCAUGGACCUUAUAUCAGUACCAAGAUUAUUUCCUGAAAUUUGUAAAGAAUAAAGUGACCCUGAGCAGGUAUAGAGUGCCUUUCCCUUAGUACUAAAUAAAUAUAGAGAAUCACCUCACUCGGGUCUUUGAGGUCCAGAGAGACUUGAGCACUAGCAUGAUUCAUGAAGGGCCAGGGAUCCUUAAGCUGAUCUGACUUUCUCAAAAACAUUCAGUCUGGCAUUGAACUUAUACCUACAAGAAACAUUAAACUACCUGGUUUUUAAAAGAAGAGAACAUGUUUUCAGUUAAAAUGCACAAAACCUACACUUUGUGCAUUGGUUUUUCAUUUCCUUUACUUGUGGAUAUCACAAUAACAGUAUAGACGUACCUUGUUUUGCAACUGGGAUCGGUUCCAGAGCCCCAUCCGCUAGCCGAAAAGGACACAGGGCAAAGCGCCGCGUCUGUGUAUGCGUGAUUUAGCACUUCUGCACAUGUAUGAGAGGCAAACCUGGAAGUAACUCGUUCCAGUACUUCCGGGUUUGCCAUGGACGUUUUCCGGAACAGACACUAGACGAGGCAGACGUUCGUGGAGGUAUUACUGUAUUUUGCAUUUAAUACACAUGCAAAUGUGUACAUUGCCUGCAGAGGGAUAACAUAAUUGGUAAGCAUGAAAAAUGGAGAUGGAUGGACUGAAGUCACACAUGACUUCCCAUCUCACACAUUGAGGGAGGGCCAUUCACUCACCAUAUAGCAAUCCAUGUGAAUUGGACAAAAUAUGCAAGUAGAAUAGGAGGCUGUUUAAAAAGGUAGCUCUGGAUUAUUAUAUAAGUAAGCAAGCCACAUGGAGGAAGGAAAAGUUGCUUAGGAAGUGUGGCUUAUGGCUUAACUAUGAGCGCCGCAACCCCAGAGUCGUUCGCGACUGGACUUAACUGUCAGGGGUCCUUUACCUUUACGUUUAUUCUGGAAGAAAUUCCUUCCUAAUGCAAAAUAUAUUUUUCAACCUUAAUUCUGAAGUAUAAGGAAAUCCUCCUGAACCAAUUUUACAGCAAAAGACAGAAAGAUAAAUCCUGAAAUCAAAUUGUGGUAAAACUAAUAUUUGAUAUGAGAAGAUAUUAUGUGUGCAUAUAUUGAAAUAUACUCAUAUAAUAAAUAAUGGCUGGGACAAAUUCACUGAUACUGUAGAAUGUCAGGGUAGUGUUAAUGCUGGUUUUGGAGCAGGGAGUCCUGUAAUUAAGUCUAUUUGUCCCUGAAGCUCAUUGGGGGAUCUUGAAAAUCAAUUCCACAUGUCCAGUUGCAAGAUUUUUAACGAAACACUCAAGGAAAACCUAAAAUACUUAAAAAUAUAGUUUCUUGAUCUAGAAAAUUAAAAUACACCCCAAACUUAUGCAUUUGGGGCAGACCCAUGGCAUACACUUAAGCAUAUCUAAUGCACAAUUUAAGUACAUGGCUUCCACCAAAGAAUCUUGGGAACUGUAGUUUGUUAAGGGUGUAGGGAAUUGUAGCUUUGUGAGGGGAAAUUUUGGAUUCUUUGCGGAAGGUGUGUGCUUUAAGUGUAUGGUGUGGAUCUGCCCGUAGUUACGAAUUUCUUUCGGGCAAACCAAAACAUUAAAAUGAGUUAUUUGUGUUGGUGAUUUUAUAAUACAUCCACAGGCCAGUACAAUACCAUGCCACUCCUUGCCACACUGUUAUUUGCAAUGCAGAAAGGCACAACAAAUGUUCGGUAAAAGACCUCUUUGUACUUCAUACACUCAUGAGAUGGAGGUUCUUUUCUGUUAAAGCUUAUGCCAUCAUAGCAGUUUUGAAAAGGUGCCACAGAACUCUUGGGCUCUGUGUGCUUCCUGCGACAGACUAACAAGCUACUGCUCUAGAACAACUCUCUUAAAAAGCUGAUUACAUUGGUGUUUACUUGCCAAGCAGGCACUCAGCUGUGGGUAGGAGAUGAUGACAAAGAGCAUGCAAAAGUAACUUUUUUCAUCUUAACUGCAGUGCUCAGACGAGUGAAAAGGCACCUUAACCCUGUGUGCUGUGGAAAGCAAAAGGGAAAAGGAGAGCAGCACCUUAUGCUGAUCUGUACAUAGCUCAUUUUUCUGUCUCCUCUCCUUCCAGAGGCACUGCUAAAGAGCUCAUGAGCACUAAGCCGCCCUUGCAGUGUCAGUACCUUUGGAUUUAGAGUCCAGUGACUGUGCCUCCUCCAGUCCAAAAAACUGUGCAGUCUCUUUGGCUAGCCCUCCUUCUCUUACCACUAAAUGGGGUCAUUGUUUGUUGCACGUCAUGCAAGCCUUGAAGUUACAAUAACUGCUCUUGGCUCCAAAGUUCACAAAGCCGAGAUCUACCGGUAUCCACCUUUCCCCGCAACAAGUUGUUCUUAUGUUUGAAACGAGCAUAUUCUUUCUGAAACAAUAUGACCAAAUAAAAGUCUACCUACCACCUUGUGCAUUUUGUACCUUUAAUAGUAAGGGACAGCAUAAUGGCAAACACUUCUUUUCCUUAAUAGAUUCCCAUUAAGAGUCUGAAGAUAUAUUGAGUAGCACCUAACAAAGCACAAUCUCCAACUCCUUUAUGAAAACCCCAAGGUCACUCAACACCUUCUAGACUUUGCCUUAAAAUGUGAGGAAAGCUGCAUUUGACUUUGCAUGUGGAAUGGAGACAUCAUGGACUAUACAGAAAAGAAUCUGAACCUUCAUUACUGUUGAGGGUGGUCCCACAUCUGCAUAGUAAUGAAUUCUGCUAUAUUCUCUGAAAGCUAUAGAACUAACCUCUAGGAAACCAAAGGGGUUCAUCUGAUCUGUGUUCCUAGUCAGUGUACAGUACUGAGAACAACUAAUGGUUGCUUCUGCUUCUGGGGAUAUUAGUGAAGUUGUCACAUGAUGCAUUUAUUGCAUGAUGGUGUCGUUCUUCAUCAUGCAUGAUGUGAGAAUAUGGUUCUAUAUGUUCAUUCGGUUGAACAAAUGUAGAGUUGCAAGGCAAGUCAUACUGCAUGUUUUCUCUACACCCCACCCUGAAUAAAUGUCAGGAUGUUUAAAUGGCUUUCUGGAAAUGUUUUUUGUUUUUGUUUUUAAUGUUGGAAGUAAAACAUCAGUUUCUUCCAUUGUAAGAAAUGAAUAUAUUUUAGAAGCACAGAAACUGAAUCACAGAAUAUUUGUAUUUUGAAUUUAUUCUAAGCUACUAAAUAAGUUGUAGUCACUAAGAUUUCAUAGUUAGGUGACCACCAUUUUUCUUCUAAACUUGAAGUAUUUUCUCAUCUGCUUUCAGUAUUUUAUCAAUAAAAAUGUAAAUUAAGAUUACUGAGCUAAAUUUAUACUUUAGGUAAUUUUGUUUGUUUAUUUUAUCCUGGGUUAUGUAAUAGUUAUGAAUAAAGCUCACAUUUCAACUUU